UGCAGAAUUAGCAUUGCAUCUAGAAAGAAAUAUGUCCAGGUUAGAUGCUGCUGUCAACUUCUCAGAGUUCUUGAAGAAGUGCUCAGAAGGGUGGAAGACCAUGUCUGCUAAAGAAAAGGGGAAAUUUGAAGACAUGGCAAAGGCUGACAAGGCUCGUUAUGAGAGAGAAAUGAAAACCUACAUCCCCCGCAAAGGGGAGACCAAAAAGAAGUUCAAGGACCCCAAUGCACCCAAGAGGCCUCCUUCGGCCUUCUUCUUCUGUUCUGAGUAUCGCCCCAAAAUCAAAGGAGAGCACCCCGGCUUGUCCAUCGGGGACGUGGCGAAGAAGCUGGGGGAGAUGUGGAACAACACCGCUGCGGAUGACGAGCAGCCCUACGAGAGGAAGGCUGCCGAGCUGAAGGAGAAGUACGAGAAGGAUAUCGCUGCCUUCAGAGCUAAAGGAAAUCCCGAUGCGGCGAAGAAGGGGGUCGUCAGGGCUGAAGAGAGCAAGAAAAAAAAAGGAAGAGGAAGAUGA